AUGGCUCCUCAGAAGACGACGUCCGUCCCUACCAAGGACCAGAUUCUGGUGCCUGAGACUCUCCUGAAGAAGCGCAAGAGCCAGGAGAAGGAGCGCGAAACUCGUGCCGCCGAGUUGCAGAAGAAGCGUGAUGCCAACAAGGAGAAGCGCAAGACCAUCUUCAAGCGUGCCGAGUCAUACAUCAAGGAAUACCGGGACGCAGAGCGGGAGAAGAUCAGACUCUCCCGUCUUGCAAAGCAAGAGGGCUCCUACUAUGUCCCUGAAGAGCACAAGCUCGUCUUCGUCGUUCGUAUCAAGGGUAUCAACAAGAUUGACCCCAAGAAGCGAAAGACCCUCCAACUCCUCCGUCUCCUCCAGAUCAACAACGGCAUCUUCGUCCGUCUCACCAAGGCCACUCUUGAGAUGUUGAAGAUCGUCGAGCCCUUCGUCGCCUACGGCUACCCCAACCUCAAGUCCGUCCGUGAGCUGAUCUACAAGCGCGGAUAUGGCAAGAUCAACAAGCAGCGCAUCCCGCUCACCGACAACGCCCUCAUCGAGGAGCACGUCGGCAAGUACGGCAUUGUGUGCAUGGAGGAUCUGAUCCACGAGAUCUACACCGUCGGCCCCAACUUCAAGCAGGCCUCCAACUUCCUCUGGCCGUUCAAGCUCUCCAACCCUACCGGAGGGUUCCGCACCAGGAAAUUCAAGCACUUCAUUGAGGGUGGUGACUUGGGUAACCGGGAGGAGCACAUCAACGCCCUGAUCAGGCAGAUGAACUAG